AUUUCGAAAACCCUAAUGCCAAGGGUUUAAGCACCUGACCGAUUCCAAAGCAAAAGCCCCAUUUAAACCCUCAAAUGGAAUUUCACUCAUCUCAUUCUUCAACCCAAUUUCUUCCUCUUCUCCAAACCCUAAUUCUUUCCGCUUCCAGAUGGUAGGGUUCACCCCUGAAGUAGACCUCGAUCAAGCUUCAAGGCUCAAGCUUUCAAAGGACCCCCCUGACGCCGUUGAUCCCAGACCCAUCGACUUGUCCUUUGUAGAUUCCUUGUUGGAUUUCGACUCCAUUGAGACUUGGUUCAGGGAUUUUCCAAACCCAGAUAUGGCCGAGGCUGGGACGACGACUGUGGUGAAAUCCGAGCCAAUUGACUGUGAGCCUGGUUCUGCGGUGGAGGUGAAGUCUGAGGUAGGUGGUGGAGGCCAAUUCGUUAAUGGGUCUGACCCAAUUGAUUGUGGGCCUGGUGGUGUGGUGAAGGUGAAGUCUGAAGUUUCAGAAAAUUUGAGGAGUUCUAUUGAGGAAGAGUUGGGGAAGGUUAGUUUGGUUGGAGGGAAUGAAGAAAGUUCCGUUCUUGGAUUGAGUGAGGAUUUGGAGACCAAAAUUGGAGGUGUGGAGAGCAAAAUGGAGAGUGGGAAAGAGAGCGAAAGUUCGGAGUCGGAGAGUGAGAGUUCAUCAGCAGCAUCAUCUUCUUCGAGUAGUAGCUCUAGUGAUGAGGAGGAGGAGAGAGAGAGUGAUGAUAUGGAUGAGGAGAAGGAGGGCAAUGAGGAGGCUUGUGAACUUGAAGAAGGUGAGAUAAGUGGUGCAGAGCAGAUAGGUAAUGGAAGUGGUGAUGAGGAGGGUGCCGAGGUUGCGUGGAGUGAUGUUGAUAUUUUCGAUGAGGGAGACGAGGAAGAGGAAGCUAUAAAAGGUCCCAUUCGUUCCAAAAAUGAGCUCGAGGAACUUCCACCAGUUCCUCCAGUUAAUGCGACCUUGGAACCACAUCAUCAAAUGCUGCCUGUCGGAGUUGUUUUAUCGGUUGUUGGUACCAAAGUCAUUGUAGAAGGGGUUGAGAAGCACAACCCUCUGAACGAGGGUUCUAUUCUGUGGAUAACUGAAAGCAGGUCUCCGUUGGGACUGGUAGAUGAAAUUUUUGGACCUGUCAUAAACCCUUACUAUAUGGUGAGAUACAAUACAGAAAGUGAAAUCCCUGCCGGUAUAGAAGUUGGAACACCAAUCUCUUUUGUUCAGGAGUUUGCAGAUCAUGUGCUCAAUAACAAAGAUCUUUACAGAAAGGGUUAUGAUGCAUCUGGUGCAAAUGAUGAAGAGGUAUCAGAUGAAGCAGAAUUUUCAGAUGAUGAAAAAGAAGCUGAAUACAAGAGACUGCAAAAAAUGACAAAGAGGGGAAUGAAUGACCAGAAUGCCGGCAGUAAGAAAAACAACAGAAAAAGAGGUAAAAAUAAGAUCGGUCCCUGGAAAAAUGGUCAAUCUUCACCCCAGCAAACACCUCCCGAUCAACACCAUGAACAUUUCUCUUCAGCUGCACCUGCUCGUCGUUAUGGUCCAUCUUCUUCUGCCGUCUCAGAAGGUUUGGUUAGUGGGCGAGGAUCAGUUCGACCAUUUCCAGGUGCUACACAGGCCACUGGUAACGCAAAUGGGGUUUGGUCAAAUGGAAUGGCGUGUCAGCCACAGCAAACACCCUUCCCUAAUGCAUUUCCAAAUAAUAAUAUGCCAUUUUUUCCACAGUACCCUCAUCAGAUGUCUAUGCCGGGCGGAAUUCCAUUCCAUCAGCAGGCAAAUGUAUUUUCUGGACCCAUGGGUUCACAAGGGAUGAUGGGUCAACUUGGCUUCCACCAACCAGCAUUUGGAGUAGGUUUCCAGGGACAACCUACACCAGGUCAGCAGUUGAAUUCCUUUCCAGGACCCAUGAAUGCAUUUGGGAUGAGUCAACAGGGGUUCAACCAAAAUGCAUUUGGGAUGGGUCAACAGGGAUUCAACCCAAAUGUUUUUGGGGUAGGUCAACAGGGUCAACAUGGCUUCAACCCAAAUGCGUUUGCGAUGGUUCAACAGGGUCAGCAUGGCUUCAACCAAAAUACAUUCGGGAUAGGCUCACAGGGUCAACCUACAAACCUAAGCUUAGAACAGAAUAUGCCACAACCUGGGAACCCGGUUGCAGGGGAUGCUGACGCUCCCCAACAAUUUAGUCGAAGUACAUCUGCUAAUCGUGGAAGAAGACCAUUUCGUCGAGGGGGUCGUCAGUUUGCAGGGGGAAGAGGAAGAGGUUCUAGGUGAAAGUUACGGCGUGCUCUGCUUCAGUAGGCUAUCAGAAGAGCCAUCAUUUCGGAACUGCCUUUUUUUUCUUUUGUAUUUUGGUUUCUUGCUUUUGAAAAUUUGCUAAUCAGUAUUCUUUGUAUUUGCUAGUUCAUGUAUAUGGAUGGACAUAGAUGUUUCAUAUGUUAUCCAUUUUCUUGAAAUGCAACAUGCUCCUUCUCCGCGUUCAACUA